AUGACAGAGAAUGGUAAAAUGAUGUACGUGACAGCAGGCACAGGCUUCAUUGCUGCUUAUCUCAUUCGGGCUAUACUCAACAAGGAUUACUCUGUUCUCACUACUAUUCGCAAUCCAGAUAAUGUAGAGAAGAUAGGGUAUCUAUGGGAUCUGCCUGGUGCAAAGCAGAGGCUUAAAAUAUUGAAAGCAGAUCUGUUCGAAGAAGGAAGUUUUGAUGAAGCAGUAGAUGGUGUGGAUGGGGUGUUUCAUACUGCUUGCCCUGUUGUAAUACCAAAUGAUUGUAACAUCAAGGAGACCUUCCUUGAUCUUUGUGUGAAUGGCACUCUCAAUGUCCUCAAGUCUUGUUCAAGAUCAACCUCUGUAAAGAGGGUGGUGCUUACAUCCUCCUGCGUAUCUAUCAGAUAUAACUACAAUACUGAAGAGCUUUCUCCUUUAGAUGAGUCCCAUUGGAGCAAUCCAGAGUACUGCAAACAGUAUAAUCUUUGGUAUGCAUAUGCAAAAACUAUUGGUGAGAAAGAGACCUGGAAGUAUGCAGAGGAGCAGGGGCUCGAUCUGGUCGUGGUAAACCCAUCAUUUGUUGUUGGGCCACUUCUUGCACCUGAACCUACCAGCUCUCUUGCUUUAAUCCUGAGCAUAAUGAAAGGAGGAAAUAACAAAACAUACCCAGAUUUGAGGUUGGGGUUUGUUCACAUUGAUGAUGUAAUAGCAGCACAUAUACUGGCUAUGGAGGUACCAUCAGCAUCAGGGAGAAUUAUAUGCUCUGGUGCCGUUGCUCACUGGGAAGAAAUUGUGAAGAUGCUCAAGGAAAAAUAUCCCAUGUACCCAAUUGCAGACCAAUGUGGACGAGAUCAAGGCAAUGCAACACCUUAUACAAUGAACACUGCUAAGAUCAAAAGCCUUGGAUUUGGCAACUCUAAAAGCAUAGAACAAAUGUUUGAAGACUCUAUUAGAAGCUUCCAAGAGAAGGGAGUGCUCCAGAAUCUGCCUUGAAUGCCAAUAAGAAUUGUAAUUUUACAGCAAGACUUCUGUACUUCAGUUUUAUUGAAUAAGGAAUGCAAGAUAUGAAAAAUAUGGAACAUAACAAUUAAUGAUAUGAAAAAUAUGGUAACUUGUC